AUUGCGAAUAUACAAACAACAUUUGCUGUCCUACCUGACUUUGAAAUGUAUUUGUUUCAGUUCUAUUAUGGACUUUUGUGUCUUAAACAUGUGAAAUGUCUGUUGUGAGCAGAGCUAAAACGUGGGAAAUAUCUGAAUCUGAGGAUAGCGAUGUUGAAUUAAAACCCUGCAAUGGUGCGAACAGCCAGACGGCAACAGUGGGCACAAGAGAUGGAGAGACAGAGAGUUCAGAGGACAAGCAGCGGGCAGCUCUGCCAUCGUCCCCCACGAAGAGGAAACACGGCCGGGGUCAGGUACGCUUGUCUCCCCCGCCUGCAGGCGGCUCCGGCACGCCGAGCCCUGUCCGUAAACGCCGCACCAAGGAGGAGAUAGAGGCGGACAGACAGAGAGCCAGGGAGAGGAAGGAGGAGAGGGAGCGACAGAGAGCAGCUAGAGCUCAGGAGAAGGAGGAGAGGAGGCAGGAGCAGCAGAAGAGGAGAGAGGCCGCCGAGAACCUCAAGAGACUCCGGCCAGAGAACAUUAUCAAGUGUCUGACUGUCUGCAUCGAUCCAGUUCUUCUGCAACAGGAUGGUUCGGACAUCUUGCUGGACACCCUGGCUGCCAUGGAUUGGAGGGUUAAUAUUGAGGAACAGCAGAUCUCUCAAAGCAUCACAUGGACCAGAAAUUCACUUCAGCACGGAGAUGAAAGUCCGGUCUCUGUGGUGGAGGAGGAAGAGGAGCAAGUGGUUCUGAUCCUGGCUGCAGAUGACUUCUUGAACAUGGCGAUCUCUGUUAAGAAAAUGCUGGACAGUGAAGAGGAGGAGACAGGGACGAGCACUGUCCUGAGUCCUGUUUUUGAGUGUCUCAAUAAAGAUGCCAAGAAGGUGGUCACGCUGUUGGUGCUGGACUGUGAACCAGAUCACAGGAGAAGGGCUUUCAGUGAACGUUUACCAGAAGAGAUGCUACAGUCCAAAAUGAGGAUGAAAAAUCUGGACAUGGAGGAGGUUCUUGUUUACCUCCAGCUCUGCAAAAACAUCUCCCUGGUCUUCCUUGAAGAUUGGCAGGACGUCACUGAUCAUGUGUGUACAGUCACCAAGGCUUUAUCAAAACGGCCUUUCAGAGUCCUCACCGAGCAGUCGGAGCUGCCCUUCUGUGUGGACGGUUCAUGGGCCAGUGGGACUCGUGUAGAGCGGGACGGCUCCGGGCUGAUGCAGGUGUGGAGCAGACAGAUCCAGCAGCUGAACAGAGUCAGCCCGGCUGUGGCCUCCGCUGUGACGGCGUACUACCCGUCUCCUCAGCUGCUGCUGCAGGCCUACCGGAGCUUGGCGUCAGAGGACGAGAGGAAAGGAAUGCUGGCUGGUCUCUUAGUGAAAACCCAAGGCAAAGAGAGACGCAUUGGGCCGGAGGUAUCAGCCAGAGUCUACCGCUGUUUCACGGUGCAGAACCCUCAGCUGGUCCUGGACUAAUCUGAUCGUGUUUGGCGAAUCAUGGAUACCAGCCACAAUCAAUGUGGUUUCAAAUGACAGCUUGAUGCCAUUUGGCUGUGGGUGUGUGAUGUUAACAAGCUAACAAUGUACCUAACAUAUCAUGUUUACUUUCCAAGAAAGCACUGUUUAUACAGAUUCAACGAGAAUCAAACUGUGUAUUAAAUAUUACAUGCAUAUUAAUAUUCAUUAUUUUAAUUAAAAAUAAAUGCUAUUUAAAAUAUGGGAUCUUUUGUUCAAAGAAACCUUCCAGACAUAAU